AGAGCUCGAUCGCUCGUUGAUCAAUGUGCAAAGCAAUUCUCGCUAGGUACAGUGUGCUUGCUUGCCUAUCCUCUGGCCAUGGAAGGGGGCUCUCCUAAGGGGACCCUUCGCGUGUGCAGACAAUUUGUGAAGUUUGAUGAUGCGAGCCCAUUCGGAGGAAGAUCGAUGACCUUCUUGUUCUAUGGUCAGGGCCAGGCAUCUUCCUCAGCGACAGCCCAUAAGAGUUGCAACGCUCCAGCUUCGUCGGCGGCGCCUUGCGCCCAGCAGUGUCUGGGAUUCUCUCUGGACAACGUGCAGCUUGCGGGUGAAUCCUAGCGUCGGCGAACUUGAGUUCCUUAGUUGCGUAUGCUCGUGUUGCGGACCCACUGCCCUUGUCCUGCAGUGCUGUCGACCAAGGAGAGGGACCGAUGAGCGAUUUCAGCUAGGACUCCGUCCAGACGGAUAUGGUCCCCUGUCUGAUAGGGCGUACAAGCUCUGCUAUGCUGGCAUACAGAAGUUUCUCCCGGUCCUCUGCCUCUUUGACCUUGGCAUUCAGUCCUGUGGAGAUUGUAGAGGCUUGGCUAGAUCUGACGUACAGUAGUGAUCUUGGCCUCGGCGAAGGCAGCAGCUACAGCUGCGAAAGGAGCACUGCCUGAACAAGUCGAAGGAAGACUGAGAGAGGCUUGCGACUGACUUUGCGGGCUACGCGUUGCAUUCUUCUUGUCAAGUGUACGGGC